UAUCAAUUCAAGGCCUGGUCUGCAGCUUCGAUAGCAGCGACGACUACUUUUUGAGGACGGCCCGCGUGCAGCGUCGUCAAUUGUCCCGUCGACUUCACAACCACCCACACAAUGCUCACGCAAACCGCUGCGCGGCGGCCCCUCAGUGCCUGGAAGGCCGCAUUGAGGCAGGCUCGCCAGCAACGUCCCAUCUCGCUACCAUUCUCACGCACACUGGCAACAGAGACGAUAUCAACUACCUCGUCCGUCGUAGAACCUCCUCCUCCUCCUCCCGCACCCGAAGCAACACCAGCAUCACAACCGCUCCCUAAAGCAUAUCUAUACCGUCUCAAAGACAAAAGUCCCACAGCACCAACCCGCUCCGCCUUCGCCAUAUACCCACGGGUGCCUUCUUCCAGGAAACUCGUACCCGCCCCUCUCGAAUCAUACCACGCACAGCAGAUCCGGCGCUUAGACCCGAAGGGUCUACGCACGCAACUCUUUUCGAAGCACAACCGAGACUCCGUGAAACCAGGCGACGUGCUGCAAGUGACGACCAAGCGCGGCGAGCCGUUCGCAGGCGUAUGUCUAUCGAUCCGGCGCGCGGGCGUCGACACGGCAAUUCUACUACGCAACCACCUCACGAAAAUCGGCGUCGAGAUGUGGUACAAGAUCUACAGCCCCAACAUCCUGGGCAUCGAGAUCGUCUGGCGCCGGCCCAAGCGCGCGCGCCGCGCCAGGCUCACGUACAUGCGCCAGCCGAAGCACGACAUGGGCAACGUCGACAACCUCGUCGCCGAGUGGCGGCGCACGAGGAACGUCUUCAGCUCCAGGGGCAAGGGGAAGCAGGCUUCUGCGGGCGCGAAGGGGAGGAGGUAGAUACCAUAGGAACUAGGACGGACUGAUGACGUGAUGAGCUGGCAACUAGAGAAUAAAUCCAGAGAGAGAGAGAAAAGGUACAAGACACACUAUGUGACGCAAUUCUCACGGGAAGACUGAGGAUAUCUUUUUUAUCUCAAAGAUCUCUGGGAAAGAAAUACUAGAGUCGUACAAAAACGACUUGAAUGCAGAAACAGGGUAGGUAGGUCUGACGCUAUAGGCCUACUGACUUUACAAACACCCUGAUUUCAAAUCCUGUACACAAUCAUAUGUAGACAAUGUACAACUACUACUAUAACACUAAACUCGUAUUUCCGCUGAAAUUGGUACUCGGAGUCAUCACUCAAUCCACCAGCAAGUAGAUGUUGUGUAUGUCCAACUUUCAAUACGGCUAUCACGCUAUCGUCUGCGAUUACAGGGGGUGUCUUAUUCUCUACUACUCGUUCAAUAUAAC